AUGACUAAAGUUUACGCUGAAGAUGUCGAAACACUUACCAUGUUGAUCGUAGAGAAAGAAAAAGAUUUAGAAUUAGCAGCAAGGAUCGGCCAAGCAUUAUUGCAAGAAAACGUAAGCCUCUUAGCUAGAGUUGACAGUUUAGAAGGGCAUUUGGUGGAUACAGAAGACAGGGUUAUCCAGAUACAGCAUGAGAUGAAAAUGAAGGAAGAUUUAUGGAAAUCAUUGCAUAGCGAAGAUGAUAGUAUAGAAGAAUUGGAUCGUGCUAGCGGAAGUGAUGAUGUCUUUUUUGGCAAUCUUGGGAGCUCCAAUCAUGAUGACCUUCAAAAUUUAGCAAAUAAAUGCAAAUACUUGGAAGAAACUAAUAAUCAAUUAACGGAAGAAGCUGCCCGAUUAAGAAUAGAAACUGCUAGUGUUGAAGAAAAAGAAAAACAGUUAGUUGAAGAUUGUGUUCGUCAGUUAGCCGAAGCUAACGCUCAACUGAAAAGCUUAAAUAAUGAAGUUGCAAUCAAGGGAGAAGAAAACUUGAAAUUACAGAAUGAUGUCACAGAAUUAAUGGAAACCUCUAUUGCCUUAAAAGCGGAGCUAAAACAGAUCAUGUUUGAACAUGAACAACAACAACUGAUGAUUCGCCGAUAUAAAGAAAGUGAUACGAAGUUAAAUUCAAAGGUUGAAGAUCUAAAAAAGAAAUAUGCUGAAUGCUCUGAAUUGUUGCAUGAUGCUCAGAGUGAAAGCAAGGACUUACAAAGCCAAUUAAGUACCCUCAAUAACCAAGCCAUGUUCAAUGCGACAGAUUUAUUCCGCAAAAGAACGGAUUCUAUGGCUGUAGAAUUAAAAGACAACUUGAAUAGUUUCAAGCUUCGGUCUUUUCCUUCUGAAAGCGACAUAGUAAACGAUAUGAACGAUGAAGUAACGCAAUACCGCCCGCUUCAGGAUAACGAUAAGGAUAUUUUUUUAAAGGAACAGGGUGGACAGCGCAAGAUGACUGACAUAAAUGAGGAUGCAGAAAGUAACAGGAGUGGAUUUAGCAGAACAAGUUCUUUCGGUGAGAGUGAUAGUAUGAAUCUACUAAGCAAAAGGAAGUUCUAUCCAGAAAAGCUACAGAUAGUUAAACCGAUGGAAGGCUCUCAAACACUACGACAGUGGCAGAAGUUAGCCAAUUUUGGAUUAGAUGGCCUAAAUGAAGAACAAGAUGAAACGAGCGAUAAGCCAAGCGGUUUAAAUUUGGAUAUUCGACCGAAAGGCUUGGAAGAUUUCGAGGGCGCAGAUAUUAUUAAUACCUUAUUCACGGAUACUUCUACUAGGGAGGAAAAUAGUGCAAAAGCUCCAACAUUAAAAACUACAAUAUCGCAACCUCUUUUAGAUAGAUCUACUACCAUUGGCCAUCAUUCUAUAGCAACAGUUUCUUCAUCAUUAAAUACAAUUUCAACGAUUUCUACUCCUAUUCAGACUUCUAUAGCUAAUACAAUGAAAGGAGCCACAAACAUGUCGAUGCUAGAUUUAGGUGAUAUCAAAACGAAUGGUCAAUUGAACAGGACAACAACGAUACCAACUUUUACUAAAGCAAAAUUUGCUGAUAAAUCUCAAACAACAAUGACCUUUACUUAUUCUAAUGUCAGUCUUAAUCAAACUAAAAAGGUAGAAGAAUCUCCAGAGCAAAUAAGUAUAGACAAUGUAGCCAAUGAUCAAGAUAGAAGUAGUACUGAAGAUAGAUUAGGUUUAGGUAUGAAUGCAAGUCCAUUAGUUGCUUUUGCUAAAACGAUUGGUGUUCGUCAUGGUAUAGCAAGUCCUAGGAUACAAGAAGCUAGUGGUUUUAAUAGUAUUAGUCAUGUCAGAACGCCUAUUAUAUCAUCAUCCCCUUCCAAUGACAGCGAAAUUGAUGAUGUAAUCCCCAAAUCUUCGACACCUAUGAGUGAUAAAUCUAUUCCGCCUAUGACAAGUAUCAUGUUGAUGCGAUCCAAUUCUGUUGUUAAACGUAAUUUAUCAUCUUUACUAUUACAGCCCAAACGAUUUCCGUAA